AGCUAGCUGUCAACGGCCCCUGGUUGUUCUUCUUCAUUUGUGCUUGACUUGUCCCCCAUAUCUGAACCCCUGAAUUGAAGAGGACGGGAUUUGGGAUUCCAUCCUUUUGGACAACCCCCAAUCCCCCCCAAGUCUAGAAAACCCUAGGGCACCACGGUCCGGAGAUUUCCUUCAACGUGUGUUCUACCGUUCUCUAUGCACUCAACGGCCCUGAACUUGGAUUUCGUUGCUAAGAACAUCCAGGACUAUUGAUCCUCUUGCAAAAGAGGCCAUCUAACUCAUUCCAACCCCAUCAUCAUGUUUUAACUCCUCGACUCAGGCCAAGGUUGGCCUGCAAAGGGCCUUCCCUAAUCAAACCGAAUUUGAGAAGUAGGAUACACUCCUCAAAUUUGUCUUGAUUCCUUCUGGAAGAAAGCAUCACCUCAACCAACCCUGUAACACAAUCACCCACAUUAACACCGGAAGAAGUUAGAGAGGAAGAAUCGAACAACAGUCCCCUCAAAUCUUUUGGAAUUUGACUAUACCCACUUCUUCCAACGUCUCCAUCAACACGAUGUCCCCCAAAGCUAAGGAAAAUCGAGACCACCCUCAAAAUAGCCCCAAGAAGAUGAAGCCCUCCCCUGCUCAGGAACCCGAGGAAUCCAUGUCUAUGGAAUCGCUCUUGGUCCAAUUGCAAGAGGCCCUUCAAUUGGAGGUGAAAUAUAGAGGUGGAGAGCAGCCCACUUAUCCCACCCCAGAUGCUGGAACGAUAACCAGCGGGAUGCGAGAUGGAUCAGCUCAUGUGUUAAGGUGUCUUAAAGUUUGGUACGACCUUCCCUCGGAUAUCUUCUUCAAUGCUGUCUCAAUUAUUGACAGAUUCUUGGCGAAGAUGAAGGCCCAACCUAAGCAUCUUUCCUGCAUUGCUGUGUCGGCUUUCCAUUUGGCUUGCUCGGAGCACAAACAUCUCGUGGAAGAACGGGCGAAAAGUGGCGGUAAUCAAAUCCAAGUUCAGGAGCCAAUAACCCCUAGUAGCAACAAUAAUAUCAAUGGUUGCGCUCCAAAUGGUUCGUCCAUUUUCAACAUCCCGGAGCCGAGCGACUUGGUCAACAUCUCCCAAUCCCGUUGCUCCCCCACGGACCUUCUGCGUAUGCAGGACAUCCUUGUAAAGAAGUUGCAGAUCAGCAACCCUGGUGCAGGACCGGAAGAACCUGUCACCGCCCUCAAGUUCCUUCGUCUGUUGUACGCAGUGAGCAAAUCGGCCUCGGUUCGCCUUGGAUUUCCCGAUCUCCUCCCGGAGACCCUCCCAGAUUACCUCCCCUACCAGCUGGAGAUCCUCACGUGCGACUCUGUCACGUUGCGGUAUCGGCCUGCCGAAAUUGCCCUGUCCCUCUUGGCCGCGGACUUCAGACAUCGCAGCGCUGCCCACUCACUUGAGUACAAGCAGUUGAUGCUCGAGAUCGUGAAGGAGUGCCAAAAGGCCUGCAACAUGAACGAGAGUUUCUUAAACUGCUUGGCACCUGUGGCGGUCCUCCUGAAGAAAUAUAAUGGCGAAGGAACAGUUCAACAUCGACAGAGACUUGUCUGGAAGCUCUCCAACCGCACCAUGAAACACUUGAGACCCACGGAGAAACUCCGUGGCACACUCCCUACCAUCAAGGAGCAAGGAUCGUCCAAUCUUCCUCGCAUGAGGUCCAACAGCGAAUGUUCUGACCAAUCCAUGGAAUCUUUGUCUGAGAGUGACUCAGAACGAGAUAUUAUGGAGGAAGUUGGGGCUUAUUAGAACACAAAUCUGUACCAUCUCUGUACAACAUGGUAACUACGUUACGUUUCGUCAUCAAUUCAGAAAGCCAACCGCGGUGUCAAAUUGAAGAGCGUCAGUUGAAAAAGCGAAGAAAAUCGGAACUGGGAAAAAAUUGCGGUAUACAGUCCCUGGUGCUUUAAUCAAAUUUAACCACCCAAUCGCUUCUCCUGUGAACCCCACCAGUGUUAAUCGUUCUUCUAUUAGCGACACUCGGCCAUGUUGUCCCCCAAAAUACCCGCCCAACAUCUCCACCCAGUUUUGAUGAGACACUAAAAGUAAAAAAAAAGACCAAUAUCAUCAACUAAACGUAAAACAAAACACUUAGAGGUCUAUGUAACCCCUUUUUUUGAAGUGAGCGAGUUUGUUUAAAAACGCCUUAAAAACAACAAAAAACUUCAUAAUAGCAAAAAACAAAACAAAACCCACUGAAAAACUCAAAAAAACACGUCCAAUUUUAGUAAUUUAAAUUCCAUAACUAUCCUCACUCCUUUGACUAGCAACAAAACAGAAAUUGCUCGUGCAAGAACUUAAAACUCUUUUUUGGGGAGAUCUAAAAAGUAAGAGAGAUACUACCACCCAUUGACUGCUUCUCCAAAAGAAAACCCACAACCAAACAAUUGCAACAACUUGUCGUGGUUCCUUUAAUCGUCAUACUAUCAACCACGUUUUAAUUUAUAAGCAUAUUGGGGCAUUUUUAAGAUUCGUUCAAGAACCAUCCCAAAGACUCUUGAAACAACACAGCAACUAGCAAUUCCUCAAGCGAUUCCUCCCAGCAACAACAAACAUCCUUUUAAAUCAAAACCAACGAAAAAGAAAAUAGCUUCUUUUAAUCCAUCCAGCAAAAAAACGAAUUUCGUUACCACGAUCUCAUUCGGGAUUACAAAGUGUGAGAGAUCCAAGAUGGAAAACUGCUGCCCCUUCUGCCCCCCACUUUUCGCCUCGUGUGUUAAGAAGGCAUGUCUUAGAAAGUCCCACCCUUUGCGUCUGUCCAUGGCCCAAAAUAUAAAGUGUGUUCCAUGCGUGGGAUACCGAUUUAUUCAUGUCUUUCAACAACUCAUGAUGUGCUCUGCGUUAAGUCAUCUUUUUGUGGAAGUCAUCUCAUCAUGACCCUCAAACAACAACAAUGGGAUCACGCCUGGGUGUGUCGUUGUUCCAAUCCCAGCAAAUAUUUAUUCUAUCAAUCACGAACACACACGUCUGAAAAGUAUCGCCAUUGCUGUUUAUAAACCAUGCCGACGACCCGAUGCUGGCUUGACCCUCCGGGCUCUUGUUAAAAGAAAGUACCUUGAAAAAUGGUGAUAUUUUUCCCGACACACCCGAGCGGAUCAAGUUUUCUUCGUCCCAAAAAUGCUAGUCAUCCACACAGAAACAUGAUUUUUGAACGAAAGUUUUCUCCAUGCAGAGUUGAAAAGAACCAAGCCCUUCAAAACGCCGCGAGGUUGCGAGAUGAUACUUUCCGAAAGUUCCAAGACUCUCCCUUGUUCAUUUUAAACAUUUCCAUCAGGGUCGCCAUCUGCUUGACCGAGUGAAGAGUAUUAAACCGGUUAAAUGUUCAAGAUCUGCCAAAAUAGAGUUCGGAAUCGCAAUUUAUCACCCUCCCACAUGUCCAGCUAAUGUAUUUGACCACGCUAUCAGACAAAAAUCUUUGAUGACACCAUCCAACUUAUGUGAGCUAUGGAAACCCAUCCAUCACUUACCCUGGCGUCGAACUAGGUGGACAAACAACCACACGUUUAAAUCAUAUAUUUUUAGUUUACAAGAAGUUAAAUUUUAAGACAUGAAUGUUUUGUGUUCUUUGUAUUAGUCCUCACUUAGUUCGUGAAUGUGCAAGAAGAAUGAAAUCUGAAAGAAUCUUGACUGAUUGAUACAGACGGCCACGUCCCAAUAAACUGUGUAAAACCCAGGGAUGUAAAAACAACUUUAAAGAUUGUCAGAAAAAAAAAUCUUCGUCUCUGUCAUUCUCUCUUCAUCACUCUCAUUAUUUAUGGAAAAAACAUGUUUUGUUCCAUUCGAAUGUCUUGAGCAUCGUUUUCUUGUCCUCCAACUUCUUUUAAAAACAUACGAGUAUUGUAUCUUGGCAAAAAAAGAUUUGAAAAAAUCUGUGAUAAAAUGGCAGGGUUCCCGCCCUUUGACUUUAUUCUUCCGGAAAAGUUUAGCAGAGGAGCCCUCCGCAAAAAUUGCCAUGUUCUUAACAAAAAAAAUCUUCAUGCUCUCCCGAUUAUUUCCUACCCCUUACUAGAAUGACGAAAUGAAAACUAUCUCUCUCAAACGCACGUGCACACAGACACACAUAUUGCACUAAAUCCCCAUAAAAAGAGUCUGCCAAUGUCUUGCAAGUCCUUGGAAGAACUAAGGAAAUGUGGUCCCUUUUUCAUGAAGAACUUGAAGAGCUACAAGAUUGACAUCAUCGACAUCAUCAUCCAUUCGGCCUCUAUGUGUUCUAGAGGAUCUAACUAACUACUAGAAUCAGUCUCUUCCUCAUUGAAGUUUGUGUAUCUCUGUCUCAAUCAUGGGCAACACCCAAACUCCACCAAACAAGUACAAUAAAAACGAAUUGAAACUAGAUCAUUAUGGUUGUCUAUGGAUGGAUAUGAAAUACAAACAAAGGCGACUGGAAA